AUGCUUAUGUUUAGCAUUAAGAUUCGGACCAAUAAAAAAUGCAAUUCUAUUAUUUGUAAAAGGUCGCUAGAUGGCGGCCGUAAUAUUUACAAGGCCAAAAGUAGUUAUGUGCGGUGGUGGGUGGAGGCUGCAGCGGUGUCGCGGCGCCUGAGAGAGGAGGAGCGCGAUGGCGGCGCGGCCGGGGUGAUGCCGCCGCGGCCAGCGGCCGGUCGCGCGGCUAUGGCGGCAGAGGAACAACGCCCGCCUCUAGCUCUGUUUACCGCUGUCUACGACUACAUAGCGCAGGGAGAGGAUGAGCUGUCCUUGCGCCGCGGGGAGAUCGUCGAGGUGCUGUCCAAAGACGCCAACAUCUCGGGCGACGAGGGCUGGUGGACGGGCAAAAUCGGCGACCGAGUCGGCAUAUUCCCCGCAGUGUACGUUACGGAGGAAGACCCCCUAGCCGUUACGUCGGUCAUCGGCGAUGUGGACCCUCCUCGAGUAUCUUUCAGCGAAUUGAAACUCGAGGAGGUGAUCGGGGUAGGCGGUUUCGGAAAAGUGUACCGCGGUUAUUGGAACGACGAGGUGGUGGCGGUUAAAGCUGCGCGCCAGGACGCGAAUGAAGACAUCGAAGUGAUUAAGGAGAGUGUACUGCAAGAAGCUAAACUGUUUUGGAUGUUGCAGCAUGAGAAUAUAGUGUCGUUGAAAGGUGUUUGUUUAGAAGAGCCUAAUUUGUGUUUGGUGAUGGAAUAUGCCCGCGGUGGGCCACUGAACAGAGUUUUGUCAGGAAGAAAGAUCAGACCUGGCAUCCUGGUGGAUUGGGCGAUUCAAGUAGCUCGUGGAAUGGCAUACCUUCAUGUGGAUGCGCCAAUAUCGCUCAUCCACCGAGACCUUAAGAGCUCUAAUGUGUUACUGAGCGAGACGAUUUUGCCGGAGGACACAUUAGAAGACAAGACACUCAAGAUCACAGACUUUGGACUUGCGCGCGAGGUGUACAAGACCACGAGGAUGUCUGCUGCGGGGACUUACGCCUGGAUGCCACCCGAGGUGAUAAAAAACUCGACAUUCUCGCACGCCUCUGACGUGUGGUCGUAUGGAGUGCUUCUAUGGGAACUGCUGACUGGAGAAACUCCUUACAAGGGCAUCGAUGCACUGGCAGUCGCGUACGGGGUCGCGGUCAACAAACUCACGCUGCCCAUACCCAGCACGUGCCCUGAACCAUGGAGAGUGCUGAUGGAAGCAUGCUGGCACUCCAAUCCCCGGGAGAGGCCCCUGUUCCCCGAGAUCCUGGAACAGUUAGAGCACAUUCGCCAGUCAGAGUUCACGAGGGCGCCUCACGAAUCAUUCCACACCAUGCAAGACGGCUGGAGACUGGAAAUUGAGGAGGUCCUUAGAGAUUUAAGAAGGAAAGAGAAGGAGCUUCGAUGUCGGGAAGAAGAACUAACUCGAGCCCAAUUACAGCAAAGGCUGGUUGAACAAAACCUAGCACAGAAGGAGAGGGAGCUAGAGAUGCGAGAGAUCGACCUGGCUGCAAGAGAACUUCACAUUCUCAUCUUUGCCAGCAACAUGUCACAUAGUCAGCCGCCGCAGCCCAACAAACGGAAGGGCAAAUUCAGCAAAAUAAAACUCUUAAAGAAAGACACGAUCUCAUCUCCACUUGAUUUCCGACAUACUCUGACAGUUCGACCGUCCGACGACGAGUCCAGCGUGAAACAGCUCGUAGCCGUCGCUAAGGAUACUCCGCCAGGAUCACCCGCCAUUAUGAGGGCAAUAGCACUGCCGGCGGACGGCGUGAAGGGCAAGACGUGGGGCCCGUCCACGGGUCACCAGCGCGCACGCGCGCACCUGCCGCUGCCGGCGCUGAGGCCGCGCGCGCAGCGGCCCUCCUGCUCCGCGCCGCACCUGCCGCCCCUCGCGCCACUCGCGCGCCCUCCGCACCCAGGACUCGUAGCCAUAGGCGCGAUCGAGGAGACCAAGCGAAAGCCACGCAAAUCCAAAUCACAAGUGCGCACGCCAAAGUCCGAGCUGGGGAAGAAACGAAGCGGCAGCCAUGACGACCUUCUCUACGAGAACACAGAGCCCAGAAAGAACAGAUUCUUCCUCUGUCCAAUGUUCACCUCCACCGCGGACAUUCACCACCAUUAUGACACGGUCUUUGAUAUAGACGCAGUCGAAAAGGGUAGAAGGAAAGGCAGUCAAGGAGAAGUCAAAAGAAAUUUCCUCAAAAGCAUUCGGUCUAAUAGUUUAGCCGGACUUUUGGCUGUAGCGGGGAACCUAACAUCUGAGACCACAGAGUUGUUAAAAGACGAGUAG